AUCCCCCUCACUCGUUGGGAUUUUCGCUUGUGAAUAAAGACCGUCUCCAAUGCUAUGAUGUUAAGUGAACCAAGCCCGACAGCGGGCAACGACUCUGUGACGGACCUACAGAGCUUCUUUGCGGUUGUCCACGAUGACCAUGAACACUACCGCAAUAGCUCUCACAAUGAUACAGAGAUGUACCAGUCGUUCAUCUUGCCGUGGUGGCGGCAGGUGCUUUGGACGGUGCUGUUCGCUGGGAUGGUGGUGGUGGCCACCGUCGGGAACCUCGUCGUCAUCUGGAUUGUACUCGCCAACAAGCGAAUGAGGAGCGUCACCAACUACUUUUUAGUAAACCUGUCCGUGGCAGACGCGAUGGUGUCAACGCUGAACGUGACUUUCAACUUUACCUACAUGCUGUUCUCCGACUGGCCCUUCGGCCACUUCUACUGCAAAUUCUGCCAGUUCAUCUCCGUUCUCAGUCUCUCUGCUUCCGUCUUCACGCUUAUGGCUAUUAGUAUAGAUCGGUACGUAGCCAUUAUGAGCCCACUACGACCUCGCCUGGGCAAGAGAGCGACUUUGGCGAUAGCAGCACUUAUCUGGGCAGGCAGCUCGGUCAUCAGCAGCCCGAACUUCAUUUUCUUCACUACUGACGUCACUGAGCAACACGACGGCAGCAGAAGACGGGUGUGUUAUGCCGAAUGGCCUGACGGCGUAACCACUCUCUCUACUUAUGAAUACGCAUACAACGUGACGUUCAUGAUAUUAACAUAUUUCCUGCCGAUAAUGUCAAUGAUGUACACCUACACGAAGGUUGGAUUCGAGCUGUGGGGCUCGCAGUCCAUCGGGGAGUGCACUCAACGGCAACUGGAUAAUGUUAAGAGUAAACGGAGGGUUGUGAAAAUGAUGAUUGUGGUGGUAGUAAUAUUCGCUGUAUGCUGGCUGCCGUUCCACGUAUAUUUCGUCGUGACGUCGUACUACCCUGACGUGGUCAACUACUCGCACAUCCAAGAGAUCUACCUGGGCAUAUACUGGCUUGCGAUGAGCAACUCAAUGUACAAUCCUAUUAUUUACUGUUGGAUGAAUUCUAAAUUUCGUCGCGGCUUCAAGCAGUUCUUCUGGUGCUGCGGCGUGUUAGGCGGCAGCAGACUGAGCAGGCACCGAGCGUUUGGCCCGGACCGGCUGGACCGUUCAGUUCGAUCCAUCUCGCCCAGCCGGAAAAACGGUACGAGUAAGUUCGAUACAAUAAAAUUUUAA